GUCGGCUCAAGGACAGAAAUUGAUUGCAGGUGAGGGUGACAAACAGACGGUCCUGCUUUAGUCCAGCCAUUGUUGCAGCUUCCAUUGGAAAUGAGAGCGACUGCAAAGAGGGAGAUCCUGUAGGAGCAAAGUAUUGUGGAUAUAGCCUCUGGAUAUAGUUCUUCUUCGGCAGUGUCAGUGUAUGCCACCUCUCCCUGUAUUACUCCGGAUGGAUACCGGAUCCGGGUCCCCUCCAUCUUCCAUGGUGGCAGGGCCUCCUCCAUUGUGGCGGCUGGCUGAGAGGCGAAGCAGAAAGGCUGGCUCGGGGAACAUUUUCAGCGAUGUGAAUCUGUGGCAGCUCCAAAGGCUGUUCAGAGCGGCUGGGGACCAGGAUGCAGAGCAACGGGCCCAGCUGAUUUGGGGCCACAGAGAUGAGGCUGAACUGGCACAGGCUUUAGUAGCACUGAGGGCCCGGAGUCACCACAGAGGGCUGAGGACUAAUGGAAGAGACAUUCUGGGCUCACGGUGGCUGAGAGCCUUCAAUCACCUCAGGAUUGGGGAGAGCUUGCCAAGCAGUCAAGGGAAGGAUCCCGCGAAUGAGAGUGAGUCUGAGUCCGGGGCACACAGUAGUCCAGAGCCACACCGACACACCUCAGUAGGGACAACAGGAAGAGGCACAGUGGCCACAGUGGCACUAAAUAAGAGCCAGGGCCCCACAGGGACAUCUGAGAGACCAGUUAGAGCUGGCGUGGGACUGAGGAGAGGAGGAGAGAAGAAUGACCCAGAGAGAUACCUCCACAGAAUACUUCACUGACUUGACCAAAAUGUCUGAAAUAUCAAACUGACUUUUAGCCUGCACAGACUGAAUACUUUUGUGAUGUGAUCAGACACUGAAGCAAGGUUGAAUUAACUUGUAGGAAGAGCAACUUGGUAAACUCGCUAUUAUGAUGUCUAGACUUUCAUGGCGCUGCACUGUGCACUGAUGCAGACACUUCAUGACAGCAGCACAGAAACCCCGGAUCGGCUCCUGGUAUCUCACAACUUUGUUUUGUGGUUGCCUCUCAAGAACUGCCUUAUGUGUUCUCCUGAAUUCAUCCUACCACUCACACUAAGCUUGCAUACUGACAAUUAUCACCAACACGAUCAGCAUGUGGACAGUGAUGUCAUUUUAUGUCAUUUUGUUGUUCAAAGUAUUAAUGAAGAAGUGGACGUGUGUGUAAUUAUUAACUUAAUAAUUAACUUGAUGUUAUUUUUAAAAUGUUCCCAUCUUUAUAUGACCCAUUGUUUAUUUAUGUCAUUAUGUACAGCUGCACUGUGGAUUCACUUACCAAUACAUAUAUCUAUCUCCUA